AUGCAUUGCUGUUUGUUUUUUGCUGUCUCUUUAGUGUCAUGUGUUCAUGUUGUAAAGCCUCAGGAGCCAAAGACUCCAGAUGAUUUUUUGCAGUAUUUCUGUCAACUUCACCUGGAUCCAAACACUGCACACAAAAACCUCAAACUGUCAGAAGAGAACAGGAAAAUAUCAUAUUCAGAUGUAGUCCAGCAAUAUCCUGAUCACCCAGAGCGAUUUGAUAAGUCUACCUACAUCUUGUGUAGAGAGGGUUUGUACGGCCGCUGUUACUGGGAGGUUGAGUGCAGUGGGGAAGACUGGGCUGUAGCAGUUUGUUACAAAGGAUUUAGUCGUAAAGGAAACAGUGGUGCCUGUAAACUUGGCUACAACAAAAUAUCCUGGAGAUUGUCCCACAACCGUUUCAUUCAUGACAAGAAACAAGUCUCAAUCCCUGCUCUCCCCUCCUCUAGAAUAGGAGUGUAUCUGGAUCACAAAGCAGGAACUCUGUGCUUCUACAGCGUCUCUGACACAAUGACUCUACUACACAGAGUCCAGACCACAUUCACUGAAGCACUCUUCCCUGCAUUUUAUACUUAUUUGAAUUCAUCUGUCAGGAUCAUUGAGCAGAGCAGAAGAGAGCUUAGGUAGACUGUUGAUUAUGAUUUCGAUUUUGAAUUCUUAAAAUAAGUAUGUAAUAAUAAUGCAUUUAAAUCAAAAUGUAGUUUGUAGUUUGGCUGAACAAAGGGCAUGAAAUUUCUUAUUAAGCGUAAACAAUGAAAAGGCCUAAAGAACACUCACUUAAAACUCUUAAAUGUAAAAAAUGCACAGUUUAUCAUUACAUUUUCUGAAAUCAGAUGUUACAGUGGUUGGUGUGUGUGUGUUAUAGCUUGGCAUCUGAAAGUUCUCUUCAGCAAGGUUAUUAUUUAGUGCAUCGCAUAAUAAUCCACGUCUGAAUCCACUAUGCAGUUUAUUAUCAGGCCGGCGAGAUGUCAGAAUUAGUGAAGAAAAUGGCCAGCUGCAGAAUCUUGUUGACUUCUCUAUAUUUAGCUACUAAAGCUAUAGCUACUAAAAGGACCUUCUCAUAAUGAGUACAAUUCUAAACCUAACAAGUCAAUAUUGUUUUCAAAUUUGCAGAACUUGUCUCAGGAUAAUGGUUGACUUUGAAUUCACUUGAUUUUUUAAGUGUUUCAUAACUACAUUUUCUGAUGGUGUUGACAAACAGUUGACACUGUGAAACUUUAUAAAAGAGCUGCAU